AUGGGCUCCGUUUCCAAUCAGGAAUUUCCAGGGGUGUGCAAGCCGGACGAGGAUGAGGGUCCGAGCCCGGCCGAGGAGGACUCGCAGACCCUCCAGGGCCUGGGUUCGUGCAAGUGGUUCAACGUGCGCAUGGGUUUUGGCUUUCUGUCCAUGACGAGCCGGGACGGCGUGCAGCUGGACGAGCCCGUGGACGUGUUCGUGCAUCAGAGCAAGUUGCACAUGGAGGGCUUCCGCAGCCUGAAAGAAGGCGAAGCCGUGGAGUUUACCUUCAAAAAAUCCUCCAAGGGGCUAGAGUCGCAGCGGGUCACAGGCCCUGGCGGAAUCCACUGCUUGGGCAGCGAGCGCAGACCCAAAGGCAAGAAAGUCCAAAAAAGACGCUCCAAAGGAGACCGGUGCUACAACUGCGGCGGCCUGGACCACCACGCCAAAGAGUGCAAGUUACCGCCUCAGCCAAAAAAGUGCCACUUCUGCCAGAGCAUCGAUCACAUGGUAGCCAACUGUCCAAUCAAAGCGCAGCAGUCGUCGCCAGGUUCUCAGGGAAAGCCGCCCUCCUCAAAGGGCGACGAGGACGAGCAAUCCGGACGCGCCUCCGCCCAGCCGCCUCCACUUGCUCCUCAGGAGACCUCCGCUUAA